AUGGGCUCGUACUUGCAAGGGAGACUGAAGCUAUUGUGGAUUCUUUUGCAUGGGAAAGAUGUGUUUGACAAAUUGGACAUGUCUCGAGAUGUAGAAGUUUUUUACGAGUCGAUCAAAGCACUUAUAGAUGGGAAUAGUUUGGAAUGCGAUGAAAGAAAAGCUGAUAUGGAGACUAAAGUUGGAGGACCAGAGUUGGAAGAUGAUUAA